AUGGCUAACUCUUUCUCCAAACCUCGAAGAUUAACACCAGCCAUUGUUGAGUCUAAUAGGCUCGACUCUCUCUCUCCUGAUCAACGUCACCUCAUUGCCAACGGACCUGGUCUAGAGCACUUUGUAGCUGAUAAUGCGCCAACUACACCUGAUUUCCUUAAAAGGAAGAAAGGCCAACGCCUUCGAUUACCAGAAUGGCUAAAAACAGAUAUCCCAAUUGGUAAAAAUUAUCAUCGAUUAAAACAGAAUCUUCGUGAUCUAAAACUACACACUGUCUGUGAAGAAGCUAAAUGUCCUAAUAUUGGUGAAUGUUGGGGUGGUGGUGAACAUCAAACAGCCACUGCUACAAUAAUGGUACUUGGUGAUCAGUGUACUAGAGGUUGUCGGUUCUGUUCUGUAAAGACAUCACGAGCUCCACCUCCUCCUGAUCCUAAUGAACCAGUCAACACUGCUAUUGCUAUAGCAGCCUGGGGUCUGGACUAUGUUGUAUUAACCUCUGUUGAUAGAGAUGAUUUAAGUGAUGGAGGAGCUGAACAUUUUGCAGAGACAGUCAGAGAGAUAAAGAAAGGAAAUUCUUCCAUAUUAGUAGAGUGUUUGACUCCAGACUUUAGAGGUGACUUAGAUUGUGUAGCUAAUGUUGCUCAUUCAGGACUUGAUGUAUAUGCACAUAACGUAGAAACUGUUGCAGAUCUACAAUGGUUAGUGAGAGAUCCACGAGCAAACUACAAACAAAGUCUCUCAGUACUUGAACACGCUAAACAGGUUAAACCUGAUUUAGUUACUAAGAGUUCAAUUAUGUUGGGAGUUGGAGAGACAGAUACUCAAGUCCUUCAAACAUUAGAAGAUUUAAGAAAUGCUGGAGUUGAGUGUGUCACAUUGGGUCAAUAUAUGCAACCUACUAAAUGGCAUCUUAAGGUGAAGGAGUAUGUAACACCUGAGAAGUUCAAGUUUUGGGAAGACGUAGGUAACAAGUUAGGGUUCCUCUAUACAGCUAGUGGUCCAUUAGUCAGGUCCUCUUAUAAAGCUGGAGAGUUCUUUAUAAAGUCUGUCUUAAAAGAGAGACGAGCUGAAAGCAAUAAUUAA